UAUGAUGGCAGUGACAGAAGUUUGACUGGGAAUUUGUUACCCUGUAGCGACAGCCACGAGCCGGACACAAAUGACAUCAUCCCUUGCAGCGUCAACAGUGCUCCAUCACUCAGUGUUCCCUUGUUGUCCUCAAUAACCACAGCAGACCCACUUACUGCUACCCCCGUGUUGAACACCAGACCACGCCUCGCAUACAACUCGCUCUCCGACACCCGCAAUGCGGAGCUGCUGGACGCCGUCAGUUGCACACCAGCAUACAAUGAAAGUUCCCCACCAAGCACAAGAGCGUCCAGCGCAAUGCCACUGUUGUCCAGUUUUUUUUUUUUUUUUUUUUUUUGUUCUUCGUGUCUUUAUGGAUAUUACUCCAAUGGUACGGCUAUCAACCGUACACCGUAG